UAGCCUGGCGAGCAAAGAUGGCUGCGGCGGUGGUGGCUGUGGCGGGCGCCCGUGCCUUGUCCCUAGCGGCGCUGAGGGGAGGCGGCGCCGUCGUCGCUAGUUGCUGCUGCCGGCGGUGGCGACGGCGGGGCGCCUGGCCGGCGGCGGGGCGGGGUCUGAGCACGGGCGCGCCCCCUCAGGUGGUGGGAGCGGGGCUGACGGAGUCCGUCCUGAGGGACGCCGUCAAGCAGAACCAGGCAGCAGAAAGUGGAGAUGGAAAAAGCUCCAGCUCUGAUGAGCAGCAAGAGAAGAAGCAGAAGGAAAAUACUGCCUACGCAAAGAAGGUGGUGCUCAGGAUAGCAGGGCUGAUGGGUGCUGGCAGUGGAGUGGCUAUUAUCUAUCUCUUCGGUAGUAAUUCAGUGGAUGAACACGGUGUUAAGAUUCCUGAUGAAUUUGACAACGAUCCAGUGGUGAUACAACAACUGCGAAGGGCAUACAAGUACUUCAAAGAUUACAGGCAGAUGAUCAUAGAGCCCACCAGUCCCAAGCUGCUCGGAUCCCUGAAAGAGCCCUACUAUCAGCCCCCUUACACCCUGGUCAUUGAACUCACCGACGUGCUCCUUCACCCGGAAUGGUCGCUCGUGACCGGCUGGCGCUUCAAGAAGAGGCCCGGCAUCGACAACCUGUUCCAGCAGUUGGCACAGCUCUACGAAAUCGUCAUCUUUACGUCUGAGGCGGGCAUGCCCGUGCACUGCUUUCCCCUCAUUGACAGUGUAGACCCUCAUGGAUUCAUCUCCUACCGGCUUUUCCGCGAUGCCACCCGUUACAUGGAUGGGCACCACGUGAAGGACAUCUCCUGCUUGAACAGGGAGCCUGCCAAGGUGGUGGUGGUGGACUGCAAGAAGGAGGCUUUCCGCCUGCAGCCCUUCAACGGUUUGGGGCUGAAGAAGUGGGACGGGAACUCUGACGACCGGACACUGUUUGACCUCGCUGCCUUCUUGAAGACCAUUGCCUUGAGUGGGGUGGAUGACGUCCGGUCGGUGCUGGAGAACUACUCUAUGGAAGAGGACCCGCUGGAGGCAUUUAAGCGCAGGCAGUCCCAGCUGGAGCAGGAGGAGCAGCAGCGUCUCUCGGACCUCUCCCAGCAGAAGAAGCAGCAGCUCUUCUUGGGCUCCUUGACCAGCCGGCUGUGGCCUCGCUCCAAGCAACAGUGAUGCAGGCAGCCUCCGGUCCAACCUCACCCUCCGUAACAGACUUCUUGGCUGCUCCGGACCCUUUCCUGGCGUGGACCCUGUCCUCUGCAGAAGCCAGUAAGGCAGGGAGCUCAUGGACUCUGGCCAAAGGCAACCCAAACCAGGGCCACCAGAGCUGGCCCUACAGCUGCCCCAGCCCUGCAGAGGCCGAGAGAGCUGCGUUCAGAACCCAGCCCUUUCCCAAGCCCUCUGGAAAGAGAGCCCCGCCAGAAGAGGAUCAAGGACAGCCUGCCGGACCACUUCCCUUUGGAGCCGGGCCAAAGAAAGGGGGAGGGGAGGGGUGCUGCUCCGAGAUUGGGCUUGCCCACAUCCGCAUCAUGUCCCCUUCAGACUCCAGGUCACACUGCUCUUCUGUUGGACGCAAACGAAAACAAAUGUUGGACAUACUCUGAAAUAAAUGGCCCUCUUUCUAGCA